AUGGGUCAGUUAUUCAGUAAGCUGGUUUACGUCCUGUUUGGCACGCGGGAGGUACGAGUUCUUGUGCUGGGACUGGAUAACGCAGGCAAGACGACGAUCCUGUACAAGCUCCUGGAACCGGACUCCAGUCUCAAGCACACCCCGACUGUGGGUUUCAACUUGGAAACGCUGAAAGUACACGGCCUUAAGAUGCAGUGCUGGGAUCUCGGUGGUCAAGACUCAAUCAGGCCGUACUGGCGAUCGUACUUUUUCAACCAGGAGGCUAUCGUUUUUGUUGUGGACAGCACAGACAAAGGGCGGAUGUUGACCGCGAAGCAAGAGCUCCACGCGAUUUUAACUGAACCAGAGCUUCAGGGUGCUGUCUUACUCGUUCUAGCUAACAAACAGGACGUACCUGACGCAGCGCGGGUUUCAGAAGUCAGUGAGCGUCUGGGGCUCGCGGAUUUGGAGCGUACGUGGACCAUUAUGGGCACAAGCGCGGAGCGCGGUGAAGGCCUUCAAGAAGCAUUCGCUUGGCUGGCACAGCGUUUGAAGUAG